AAGCCAUCAGGGGAUUCCCUUCCUCCGCAGCCUCUGUGCAUACACUGCAUAGAAAAGUCUUUUUUUUUGUUGGUGCUCCAGGGCUGCGCUGGGCUAAGGAUGCAAAUCUGCAGGGGACGUUUCCUGGGGAUCUCAGUGGCCAUAGCACAUGGGGUGUUCUCAGGUUCUCUGAACAUCCUGCUGAAGUUUCUCAUCAGCAAGUAUCAUUUUUCCUUCCUGACCCUAGUGCAGUGUAUGACCAGCUCCACCGCAGCCAUCACCUUAGAAGUUCUCAGACGAUGUGGGAAGAUCUCGGUGCCCCCCUAUGGCUUGAGUCUUGCUCGGAUGUUCGCUGGGGUCACCAUCCUCUCCACUCUGCAGUCCAGCCUCACGCUCUGGUCCUUAAGGGGACUCAGCCUUCCCAUGUAUGUGGUGUUCAAGCGAUGUCUGCCCUUGGUCACUCUAUUAAUUGGAGUACUGGUGCUGAGGAACGGGAUCCCCUCCAUAGGAGUGCUGGUGGCUGUCUUCAUCACCACCUGUGGUGCAGCUUUGGCAGGUGCUGGUGACUUGAGUGGCGAACCUGUAGGCUACAUAACCGGAGUGCUGGCUGUAUUAGUUCAUGCUGCUUACCUAGUAAUUAUUCAGAAGACUAGUACAGAUAGUGAUUAUGGA